AUGGAUCCAUCUGAUGAGGACCCUUUUGAACCAGCCUCCUGCUCUUCUACUAAAGAUGAUGAAAAGCUAGAAAAUGUUCAUGAUCUUUUGGAGGAAGGUUGGUUCUUUGGAGAACUGCUCACUAGUAAACCAAGAAUGUUGAGGUGCUAUUCUGAUCCUUCUCCUAACUUUGAUCAAGGCCUUUUGGCAGAGAAUCCUAUUUACAUCCAAAAAUCUUCUUCUUCUUCAAAGAAAGUUUCAGGUACUUUGAUUCGUGCACCAUCCUUACCGCCUCGUCUGGAAAGCAGGGAAGAGACUCUUGAAGAGAAGGAAAGCAGCAGCAGCAGAAGUAAAGGAAUGAGCAAACUGAUCAGGCAAUUAUCAGAUCAAAGUUUGGUUCAGGAAACCAAUUGUAAACCAACUUGCAUUGGAAAAAUUGGAAGUAUUCAAGAGAAAGAAAGUCAUAAUAGAAAGAGCAAAAUGAUGACAGGAAAACCAUCAAAGCAAAGGUUACUCAGAACCCCAUCUCUACCACCUUGCAUAGGUAGAGAAGAAGUGAUUGGACAAAAUGAUGAUGAGUCUGAUAUUACAAUGAGCAGAUUGAUUCGCCAAGCAAUGCCUUAUUCAACUGAAGUCUUGCCUCCGCGCCAUACUCCAAAGGGCAUGAUACAAGAUUACAACAUGCCAAAGUAUAAACCACCAAGAAACUGGAAAGACUUGGGCUGCACCAACCCCAACCAAAAAGUUACAAAGAAAAGCCAAAGUGAUCUUGAAUCCCAAGAAGUGCAAGGAUUUAAAGACUUAGGAUUUACAUUUAACAAACAAGACUUGGACCCAAGUGUGGUUGGAAUCUUACCUGGUUUGCAGCAGGACAACAAAAGGCAAGACCAAGAUCAAAAGGAUGAGGUAAAAAGGCCUUAUCUGUCUGAGGCAUGGCAUGUACAAAGUUGUGCACCUCCAAUUCCAUUAUGGGCUACAAAGAAUUCAGCAGAAGACAUGAAGGUGCAACUCAAGUAUUGGGCAAGAGCAGUGGCAUCUAAUGUGAGAUAGACUCAAAAAUUUGCUGAUAUUCUUAUAAACACAUAAUUCUCAUAAACUUUUUCAAAUAAUGGAAGAAUGGGAAUGAGAAUAACCCUCUGCUAAUCAAUUCUUUUUGGUUCUUUUUGGUCCUUUUUGGCUUUUCCUGUUGUGUGUUUGUGCUGGUCCCAAAUGAGCUAUCUUGUCAACUCAUAUACUAGAUCAAAUCUUGCUGUAAGCAUAUAACACACAGAGAAAAAAAUAUGGAGGAAUGGCUUAAAGGAACAAGCAAUAAGAUUCCUGUUGAUUUAUA